GUGGUUAAGUGCCCCUAGGUUCAAACCCUGCUACCAAAACAACAAAAAACACAAGAGAGGUCAUAGGCAUCGGACUGUAUUGAUGCCUGGCACCUACUACAUGCCUGUUUAUACCAGACCCUUUAAUUUCUCUUAUAGUAGGCUCCUUGCAUGCUGCUAUCUAAUUUGCAUAGGAGGAAAUUGCAGCUCAGAGAGGUUAAGAGACCUGCUGAAGAUCACACAGUGGCAGAGCAGGGACUCUGCUAAAGAUUGUCUAACUUCAAAGUCUGCAAUCCUUCCAUUACCUCUGAUUCUUAGAAAAGUGGCUAACAUUGCUUUCAAAGUAAUUUCCAAUCAGCUCCUCCGUGGGCAAGAUAGGUUGCUACUCAUUAGUAAGACAGGUGAGUCAACUCUGCUGGGGCCAGGGCCUCCUUGAGUUACCAGGCGAGUUUACCAUAGAGCUAAGUCCCAGGCUUGGCAGGCCCACCAAACCGGCUCUGGGUUCUCAAACUCAUGGCAGGCACACCCGGGAGCCAGUAGUCCAGGCCCGGUUUUGCACCAGGCCCUGCUGAGGUGUCUCCUCCUCCUCCCGCCACCCCUCUGGCUGGGGCAGCUGCUUGGCUGGGCAAGUCAGCCUUAGUCCCCGAACUGCUCUUCUGAUCCCUGAAACUCUGCUGCCAGAGGAGCCAGAGUCACCCAGGAAGGUGUCCUCCUGUGUUGGACCCCGACAGGAAGCCACGUGAGCCCAGCUGGGGUGCAGCCCCAGCCGAUGCCCCAGUGGGCCACCCUUCUCAGGAGAGGCUUCAGGCUCUACCCUCUCUCCCAUGGCACAUGGACCAGAGCCUGAAGCCGAGGGACUUUUGGACCUCAGCUUCCUGACAGAGGAGGAACAGGAGACUAUUGCUGAAGUCCUCAAACGAGAUGCCCACCUGCGCCAGCUGGAGGAGGGGCGGGUCAGCAAACUCCGGGCCUCACUGGCAGACCCAGGGCAGCUGAAGAUCCUGACAGGUGACUGGUUCCAGGAAGCACGCUCCCAGCGGCACCACCAUGCCCACUUCGGCUCUGACCUUGUCCGAGCCUCUAUUCGCAGGAAGAAGAGCUCCAGGGGAGAACAGGUUCUGGGCAGUGAUGGGGAGGCUGAGGCUGCCGGGAAAGAGACUGAAGAGGAGCCAGAACUCAGGCUCCCCAUAGAACAGGUCCCUCCAGAGAGGCUCAGUGAGACACAGGGACCUGCUGUCCCUUCACCACAUGCCCCCUCAAAGGCGUCAGAUCAUCAGGAGGCCCAGGCCCAGGGAGCCCCUGGCCGAGGGGGCGUGCAGGUGGACGCCGAGGAAACUGGCCUGGCGUGGAAGCCCUCGCCGCAGGCGGAGAAGGAGCCGCCGCCCCCGCCAGCUCAGACCGAGAUGGCAUCCGAGAUCCUGCAGAACGGGGAGGAGGAUCCGGGGCGCGGCCCCUCACUCGACCGCAUGCUCAGCAGCAGCUCCUCCGUGUCCAGCCUCAGCUCCUCCACGCUGAGCAGCAGCCAGAUGAGCCUGUCGGGGGAGGUGGAGGCGGGCGCGGUGCAGGUGCAGGUGCGCGGCUCUGUGCACUUCGCGCUGCACUUCGAACCCGGUGCCUCCGAGCUGCGCGUGCACGUGAUCCAAUGUCAGGGCCUGGCUGCCGCCCGGCGCGGCCGCUCCGACCCCUACGUCAAAAGCUACCUCCUCCCAGAUAAACAGAGCAAGCGCAAGACGGCGGUGAAGAAGAGGAAUCUGAAUCCGGUCUUCAACGAGACUCUCCGGUACUCCAUCCCGCAGGCCGAGCUCUCGGGCCGCGUCUUGAGCCUGUCGGUGUGGCACCGGGAAAGCCUGGGUCGCAACAUCUUCCUGGGCGAAGUCGAAGUGCCCUUGGACACGUGGAACUGGGACUCGGAGCCUACCUGGCUCCCCCUGCAACCCCGAGUGCCCCCCUCUCCCGAUGACCUUCCCAGCCGCGGGCUGCUCUCCCUGUCCCUCAAGUACGUCCCUGCCGGCUCUGAGGGCGCGGGACUGCCUGAGAGCGGGGAGCUGCACUUCUGGGUGAAGGAAGCUCAGGACCUCAUCCCGCUGCGCUCAGGAUCCCUGGAUACGUACAUUCAAUGCUCAGUGCUGCCUGAUGACAGCCGGGCCAGCCGACAGCGUACAAGGGUGGUUCGACGCAGCCUCAGUCCAGUAUUCAACCACACCAUGGUUUACGAUGGCUUUGGGCCUGCUGACCUGCGCCAGGCCUGUGCUGAGCUUUCCCUCUGGGACCACGGGGCCCUGACUAAUCGCCAGCUGGGGGGGACACGCCUCAGCCUAGGUACUGGUAGCAGCUAUGGGCUCCAGGUACCCUGGAUGGAUUCCACACCUGAGGAGAAGCAGCUGUGGCAGACACUCCUGGAGCGGCCAUGUGAAUGGGUGGAUGGCCUUCUACCCCUCAGAACCAACCUGGUCCCCAGGGCAUAGCCCCAUCAAAUCUCUCUCUCUGGACUCCCCUCUCAGAGCCCACCCUUGGUUAGAGUCUAUUAAUAAAGUCUGUUCUAAGGACAA